AGUCGCGUCGUGGGAAGGGGCGGCCGGGGCGGGGGCGUGCAGGGGGUGUGAGGAGAGGGGCACCGCCGUGCGGCUACAUCAGCCCCCGCCUGGCGAGCGCCCGGCCUUACUGCUGAGCCGCCCAACGGCCCCCAGGCGGCGGCGGCGACUGGGGGCGGCUGAGGAGGAGCCGCCUGCGCGGCCCAGCGGCGGCGGGCGGGCCGGACGCACCGACCGAGCAGCCGCGGCCCGCGGCGGGGAGGGGAGAGCGGCAGCCCAGCCCGCACCGGCAGCGCCAUGGCCACCAAGGCUCGUGUUAUGUAUGAUUUUGCUGCUGAGCCUGGAAACAAUGAGCUGACUGUCAGUGAAGGGGAGAUCAUCGUAAUUACCAACCCGGAUGUUGGUGGAGGCUGGUUAGAAGGAAAAAACAGCCAAGGCGAGAGGGGACUUGUUCCAACAGAUUACGUUGAGAUCAUAACCGAAGGUGCAAAAGAUGGAAUUAGCUGCGGCAACUCAUUAGCUGACCAAGCCUUUUUUGAUUCCCUUUCUUCAAAUACAGCUCAGACCAACUCUGCUGCAAAAAGCAGUAAUCAGGCAAACAAUGCCAGUGAUCCUUGGUCCAGCUGGAACGUUGGGAAGUCUGGGAACUGGGAUAAUGGAAAUGCUGUUGACAGCUGGGCGACGAAACCUGAAAGUACAGCUGGCCAGAGGAACAGUGCUUCAAAUAACUGGGAGACAGCAGCAGCAUUUGGUCAUCCACAGGCAUAUCAAGGACCAGCAGCUGCUGAUGACGAUGACUGGGAUGAUGACUGGGAUGACCCGAAAUCAACUUCACCGUCUUACCUUGGUUACAAGGAGACUGAAGCGUCAGAGGCUGGGGGGGUCCAACGUGGAAAUUCUCGUGCAGCUGCUAUGAAGUUACCACUUAACAAAUUUCCUGGAUUUGCAAAACCUGGGAUGGAACAGUAUCUGUUGGCAAAGCAGCUAGCAAAACCCAAAGAGAAAAUUCCCAUAAUUAUUGGUGAUUAUGGCCCUAUGUGGGUUUAUCCUACCUCUACAUUUGACUGUGUGGUGGCAGAUCCCAAAAAAGGUUCUAAAAUGUAUGGUCUCAAGAGCUACAUUGAAUAUCAGCUGACCUGCACUAACACUAAUCGAUCUGUCAACCACAGAUAUAAGCACUUUGACUGGUUGUAUGAGCGUCUCCUGGUUAAAUUCGGAUUAGCCAUUCCAAUCCCAUCUCUUCCAGACAAGCAAGUAACAGGGCGCUUUGAAGAAGAAUUUAUCAAAAUGCGUAUGGAGAGGCUGCAAGCUUGGAUGACGAGGAUGUGUCGCCAUCCUGUUGUCUCAGAAAGUGAAGUUUUCCAGCAAUUUCUCAAUUUCCGAGAUGAGAAGGAGUGGAAAACUGGAAAGCGGAAGGCAGAAAAGGAUGAAACUGUUGGAGUCAUGAUCUUUUCUACAAUGGAACCAGAAGCUCCUGAUUUGGACAUGGUAGAAAUAGAACAGAAAUGUGAUGCAGUGGGUAGGUUCACCAAAGCAAUGGAUGAUGGAGUUAGAGAACUGCUGACAGUGGGACAAGAACACUGGAAGAGGUGUACAGGGCCACUACCCAAGGAAUACCAGAAGAUAGGAAAAGCAUUGCAGAGCCUGGCACUGGUCUUCAGCACUAGCGGAUACCAAGGAGAAUCUGAUCUCAAUGGAGCAAUAACAGAGGCAGGAAAAACCUAUGAAGAAAUUGCCAGUCUUGUAGCAGAUCAGCCGAAAAAAGAUCUUCACUUUUUGAUGGAAACAAAUCAUGAAUAUAAGGGAUUUCUUGGUUGCUUCCCUGACAUCAUAGGAGCUCAUAAGGGAGCAAUAGAAAGAGUGAAGGAAAGUGAUAAAUUAGUUGCAACCAGUAAAAUAACGCCACAAGACAAACAGAACAUGGUGAAACGUGUGAGCACGAUGGCUUAUGCACUACAAGCUGAGAUGAAUCACUUCCACAGUAACCGGAUCUAUGACUACAACAGUGUCAUUCGUCUGUAUCUGGAGCAGCAGGCACAGUUUUAUGAAACGAUUGCACAGAAGCUGAGGCAGGCACUCAGCCGCUUUCCUGUGAUGUAGAGAAUAAGGAGUAGUCAACAAUAAAGAACAACUCCGAAGUGCUUUUCUGAUUUGGGGGCAAUGCCAACAAAAACUUGUUAGCCUUUGCCAGCCAAAAAAACCCAACCAACAAAAAUCAGUUGUAGAAAAAAAAAGAAUUAUUUAAAAUCGUACUUUAUCAGCCUAAAUCGUAAGAUAAGGUUCUCUUAUCUUGAAUGCUCUCCCAUUUGUAUCAUUAUUUAAAUAAAAACAGCUAGAUAAUGCUGUCAGUUAUAGGGAUCUAAAUUAUCAGACUGGUAUGUUGCCAUGGACUUUAUGCGGAGUUGCUGAUGUUCUUCCAAAAACUCUUAAUCAACAUCAGAGUUACAAAUUUAUCUUUUUUUUUAAGUGGGAAAGCAGACAAGCUUGAGACUUUAAUACUCAUUAUAUUCAAUUGAGCUCUUUAACGAUUCAGUAGCCAGGAGGAAUUAUAUUCGUGUAUGUUUCUGGUACAUGUUCAUGAUAAUCUCCUGAAUGAACGCUUUGUUCUAAGUUUUGCUUCCCAUAUGCAGCCAUGGCAUACUGCUCCCACUAUGACUUCUGGCAAAUAUCAUUCAUUCUUUCCUUUCUUUUUUUUCCUUCUAACUAAAUCUUGUACUUGUGGUGCAGCACCUCAGAGCUUAUGUCAGGCUCGCUCUUUCUUGCUAUGCACUGUAUAAAAAGAUAAAGUAUAAACAAGGAAAGAGCCAUUCAGGAAGGUGUGAAAAACAGUUUUCCAUACCAGCACUUUGAUGCCCCCCUUCCCCCGCCCCGAUGUUAUGCCAUAAAGCACUGGUGUUCCUCAGUGCUGUACAGGGUCAGCUUCCCUGUACUCUUCCUCUGAGAGUUUUAGGUGUUUCAGCAGAGGGGACACUGCCACAUCUAACCCAAAGUAGUAGAAGUCCCUAGAUUCCAACUAAGCUCAGGUCUUCAUGUAGUAGUAUGGUAUGCUCUUGGCUUGGGUUACUUUUUGUUACCUUCUAAUGCAAACUAAAAGGUGACAGAAGUACUGAAUAACAUCAUUCGUUGUCACACAAACUCUCUGCUUUGAACAUCAUCUCUUAUCAAGUGGCCCAAUGUCCUCUUUCAUACUACUGAAAUAUCAUUUGAGGCCAGGGCUUUUCAAAACAAAACAGCUACCACCAAUCCUGUUCACAAUGGGCACCAACUACAGUAAUUCAUUUCGUGCCAUAAGCAAGCAGGAAAGCCAAAAUGCAGUUUUUGCUAAAAUGUGCCUAGAAAAUAAACAUUUUGGCAAAAAAUAAAAUUUCUGAAAAGGCAUUUUACCAAGAAGCCAUUCUAAGUGACGGGUACAGUCUGCUGGUUGAAUAGUUGCCUUAUUCUGUUUAGCACUGGUGUUACUUUUGUGUGCAAGAAGGAAAAUCUGGGUCUGCCUGAAUAACCUGAAACCAAACCAAACAAGACUAAGCCUAAGUCUAAGUCUAGAUGCUAUUCAGUGUCACGGGUUUUGUUCACAUUUUAUAAGCCUUGUCUUUUUCUCCUCCCAAUUUUAGUUGUUUGCUUCCAAAAUUCCAUAGCGCAGUGUUGUUUGAUACAGCCAUUUAAAUAUGUACAAAUUGUAAAGAAUGUGUAUAAAUGUUUUACACCAAAUGUAAGAUCUCCUUGCAUGUAGAAGCAGCUUAUAUAAUAAAUUGUUACAAUGUGUACAGUAAAUUCUGAAAUCACUUUUUCAAGCCAGCAUUUUUUUAGCAUUUGUAUAUUCACUUUUUGGUAAUGAAAUCUCUUUGUAACAGACUCUUAAUUUGGGAGGGGGAAGGGAGGGUGUCUUUUUACCAAUCUUUAAAUAGAUCUGUAUGCACUAAAGUUGAAGGUUCUUUAUCUUGAAUAGGUUGUUUUGGAAUCUAAGUGUAAGCUGUGCAUUCCCAGUGCAGGGAAGCUACGACAGUAGCAACUGUGUCAGAGAUGCAACAUUUUGGCAAAAAAAGAAAAACUGUUUAAAGACUUCUAGUAAAAUGAAGUUAAACUGAUAAUAAAUAUUUAUGUAUAUCCAA